AUGCAGUACUCCGCCGUCACUCUCCUCGCUGUCCUGGCUGCCUACUCUCAGGCCCAGUCCCUCUCCAUCCCCGGUGCUGGUGAGGUCUCCUCCAUCAUUGGUGAUGUUUCCUCUCGCAUUGAGGACGCUUCCUCCAUUGUUGACGAUGCUUCUUCCAUCGUUGAGGAUAUCUCCACCCGUGUUGGCGGCGAGAUCACUUCUCGCAUCAACUCCGCUACCGAGUCCGGCGUUACCACUACAGUGACUGAUGCCUCCACUGCCACCGAGUCCGCUUCCGACUCCGCUGAGACCGAGAGCACCGCGUCCGGCUCCGAGUCUGUCGACACCAGCGCUCUCGCUAGCGUGACCAGCGCUCUUGCCAGUGCGUCCAGCGCCAUCGACGAGCAGAUCGCCUCUCUCAGCUCCGACCUCGCCUCUGCCACUGGUACCGCCAGCGAGGCUAUCGAGUCCAAGAUCGCCGAGGCCACCAAGAAGGCUGGUGAGAUCUCCAGCAGUGCCGGUGCUGCCGCCAGCAGCGCUACUGGUGACAACGCUGGUGCCAUGCCCACCGCUGCCGUCGCCAUGGGAGCUCUCAUGGGAGGUGCAGCUCUCUUUGCCAACAUGUAA